AUGAAUAGAAUAUUUGUUGAGGCCUUUGGACUCAAAACUGGUUAUGUGUUUUUUGUUCCAGAUCGAGUAGAAGCUAGUACUGAGACGACACAAGAAAAUACUGUAAAUGAAUCCGAUGUCACAAAUAGUAAUAAUCCUUCAGAGACUUUUAACACCAUUUCUGUACCGGAUGGACCAUUGAAAUGCUCAACAGAGUGCAGUCAAGUGUAUUUACUAGCCAUUGCCCGGAAUGUACUGGGCUUCGGUCUUUCUCUGAGAGUGGCCAAAGUCGAUCUAACUGUGAAAAACAGAAGUGUUUCACUAAAAUCAUUAAGUUACUCCAAUACCUUUAAAAUAGAAACUGAUAUCAAAAAGCUACAACUGAUGAUCCCCUAUGUCGUGAAUCGUUUUGUGAAACUUCCACUUCCAAAACACUCCAUCCCCGUGGUGCGCGCGGAGGUGCAGGAGCGCGUGUCGCCGCCGCCGCGCGAGGCUUGGACGUCCAACGCCCGCCUCUCCCAGCUGCUGCAGCGCCGGUCGCUCGCCUUCGCCUACGACGACGGGCGCGUGGACGCGCUGUGCCCGGCGGCCGACGAGGCGCGCUGGGCGCUCAACCGCGAUGUAUCCGGCCUUUGUCUAACUUAUUACGAAAGGGUGCCCUUCAUAAGCACGAGAGGGAGAGACGUUUUCAAACUUUCCCGGUCCAAGGAUCCCGCCCACUGCGCCCAUCGCUCGCAUGUCGUGUUGCCACUGCCCUCCGGAUCUGCGUUGCCCGCCGCCGGAGCCAAAUCUCCCCUGCAGGGUGAGCUCAACUGCAACCAGCUCUUCGAGGACGGAGUGCUGCAGGAGGCCACGUGCAGGGAGAUGCAGACCCUGAGACCCUUCAGCGUGGAGGUGGGCCCGACCACGUCGCUCGGCGCCACCGCCCACGCCCUGCAGUCGCUCCAAUUGGUCAACAUCACGGACAUCCCCCUUGGCGCUGAGGAGGGUGAGGGAAAGCAUGCCAUUUUACUCAUUGCGUUGCAUUCUUAGGGGUUGAUAAAUGAAGCAACACUAAAGAGAGGGAGGGUGAUUGAAGCAGCGUAACAGGGGCAGGGGGUAUUCUAUUAGUGUUACGUAACAGAU